AUGGCUUGUCCCAGUCGGAAGCACAUGAAAAAGCUUGAAGCUCCGCGUACUAGCAUCCUCCCUAGCUCUUGGGUUAUCGCUGCAGAGGGGGAACAAGCGGCUGCCCGUUCAUUAAAGAAAGCUGCUCGCGUUAUUUCCACCUCACCUUUGGCGUUCCAGUUGCGCUAUUUGCAAACACUUUGUGCGAUCUCCGCCGAGAAGAAUUCCACCAUUCUCUUUCCCGUCCCCAUUGAUAUGAUGCAAAACCUUGGGCAUUUUACUGCAGGGUUAACCUCUGGCAAAUAUGCCCCUUGGAUAAAGUCUGCCCAGGAUAUCACGGCUGAGCGCGGAACUGUAUUUACGGCCUCUGUGAAAUCACUUCCAAAGCAGGAUGAUCAACGUGAAAGCUGGGCCCAAGAUGACGCAGAUACGCAUAGUGACACAGUUUAACGCGGCUGAAAAUUUAACGUCAUUCCAACUUUAAAUUUUUGAGGAGUACAAUGUAUACUAUUAUUACUUUCGUCAAAGAAUCGUUAACAAACUUUUGCCAUCUCUGACACAUGUACUCUAAGCAAGUACAGCAAUAUCAGAAUUGCCUUAUCGCACAUUUGGCAGGCUUUCCAAUGAAACUGAUGUAAUGCGCAGAUAUUUUCAACAAAAACAAAAUGGUUUUGA